ACUUUCUGUGAUCUCAUGGUCAGAGUCCAACCAGAGAAAUCCAGAGAUAAUCUGGAUGAUGAAGUUAUGGACUAUCAGUUCCACCAGUUCGGACCACCUGAUAACAGCUCCCUAAGUGGAGAAAUCAAAAUCACUACACAACCAGGUAUGAAGAGGAUCGUGGCGUUUGUCCUGUAUGGCUUCCUGGUGCUGUUGCUGUUAAUUCUGCUGAUGGUCACUGGGAUAAAAUUUUCCCAGUUAAACAAGGAAAUCACUGAUGUCAAACUUCACCUUGAGAGUAUGAGUCAUGCAGGAGUAUCUUCACCGUCCAGUUCGGUGGCUUUCCAAACUGCAAGUGAAACAACUGUACAGAAAGAAGCCCAAGUUACAGGAGCGUGUAAGGAUGGAUGGACGUCUUUCAGUGAAAGCUGCUACCUGCUGUCCACCACUGCAGCUACCUGGAUCAAAGCACAAUCUCUGUGCGUAGCACAGGGAGGACACCUGCUGGUCCUCAACAAUGUAGAGGAGCUGGACUACAUUUCAUCAGUUGUUCAGAUCUAUUCCAACUACUGGAUUGGACUUGUGGAGCGACACGAGGAGGGACACUGGACCUGGGUGGAUGGGACUGACUUCUCCUCAACCCCAACUUUCUGGGAUGAAGGUCAGCCUGACAACUGGGCCUUAAGAGAGAACGGAGAGGACUGCGGGCAGCUUCACGCCUCUGACCGACGCAAACGCAAGAGGUGGAACGAUGCAGACUGCAGCCUGCAGUACCAGUACAUCUGUGAACACAGGGCAUGAGAGACAGCCGACCUCUCUGAGCUGCUGAGCCCACACCAACAUCACAGGCCUGAUUUGUUGGGGGGAAAAUGGCAGAAAUUAAAACGGAUGCAAAUUAUGUUUCUGAUAUCACUUUAUAAUUAAGAGUGUGGAUCACAAAAAGCUGAAAUUUGCAUACACAUCUUUGAAACUUUAAUAAAAUAAUGACUACGAUUACAAUA